UAUGUACUGUUAACGCCCACUGUAGGUAUUGCUCAUUUUCCAGAGGGGCUGCCUCAUUCAUAGGGCUGGCAGGCAGUGAGGAGCGGCCAAACACCAAUAGCGACGUAGUGUGUGAGCUAAAUGAUGAUCUCUCACUGAAAAUACCACGCCAGGUUAAACUGCGCUAUCAUCGUCGGCCGAUUCGACAUCUGACACACACUGAUCCCUGCUAAAGCUGAACCCAUCCUCACAGGAAUGGAAUUUGAAUUUCAUGAUUAGGAAAUCUUCAGGGAACUGCCGCGGAAAUAGACGGACUUCCUAGUCACCUGGCCCCUGACGGCUGCCGCAGACCCCGGCCAACCCUUCUCGUUUGAUCCAGUCUGUCCGCGGACCGCUGCUUCUGGCAUCUGGACACAUCGGAUCUGAUCUGUCGUCGUUGUAUAUACGUAAAACGUGCCUGUGUGUGUGCUUUUGCUGGCUGUAUAAUGCCGACACAUUUGCGGUUCCGGAGAAGGUCAUUCCUUGGACUUUUAUUCCUUUUUUCACUGUCCACCUCCGCAUUGUAUUUCAUCUACUCCGCCCCCGGAAUCGUGAAUGAGUAUGUGUUCAUGGUCCAAGCCAGAGGGAUCCAGAUUAGAGAGAACGUGAAGAGCAUUGGCGCUCAGGUUCUGGAGCAGGUGGUGAGAGGGGCCUACAGCAUCAAUGGCACAGAUUAUUCCUAUGACUUCAACAUGAGCGAGAGCGAUGCUCCUCCCACCACAUACCUCCCUGAGGGCUUCACCUACCUCCCCUCUCAGGUUUGUCCCGAGAGGCUGCUCUCCAUGAAGGGCAGGUUGGAGGUGAACAUGAGUGAGGUAUCUUUGGAGGAGAUGGAGAGAUCCUUGCUGGAAUCAGACCCUAGCAUAGCCCCGGGUGGCUACUGGAAGCCCAAAGACUGUUUACCUCGAUGGAAGGUGGCAAUACUAGUCCCAUUCAGAAACCGGCAUGAACACUUACCCAUACUCCUGAGACACCUGGUGCCAGUGCUCCAGAAACAGAGACUCCAGUUUGCCUUUUAUCUCAUAGAGCAGACAGGCACAGAACCAUUUAACCGAGCAAUGCUGUUCAAUGUGGGCUACAAAGAGGCUAUGAAGGACCUGGAGUGGGACUGUCUGAUCUUCCAUGAUGUGGACCACCUCAUGGAGAACGACAGAAACUACUAUGGCUGCACAGACAUGCCCCGGCACUUUGCGGUCAAACUCGACAAGUACUCCUACAUGCUCCCGUAUAAUGAGUUCUUUGGAGGUGUCAGUGGCCUGACAGUGAAGCAGUUCAAAAAGAUUAACGGAUUUCCUAAUGCGUUCUGGGGCUGGGGAGGAGAGGACGAUGACCUCUGGAAUAGGGUGCGGUUUGCCAAUUACACAGUAAGCAGACCACAUGGAGAGCAGGGACGCUACAUGUCAAUUCCGCAUCACCAUCGUGGGGAAGUGCAGUUCCUGGGAAGGUAUAGUCUACUACGCCACUCAAAGGAGAGACAGAAAGUGGAUGGUCUUAACAACCUAAACUACUCCCCUCUAGUGUCCAGGAGGCCUCUCUACACCAACAUCACAGUCAGCUUGAGCAGAGGCCUUGCACCCAUAGCUGACUACUGACAUAGGCACAGCUGGACUGCAAAACACCUGGGAAUUAACGUCCUCUGGGACAUCAGCCAUAGCUCACCAGUUGCAGCACUGCUUAGGACUUUUUUUUUUAUUUUACUGAGUCUUUGUUUUGUUUCUUUUAUGUGUAUGCAAAAAAAGGAGACUCAAAUAAGUUUGUUGGAUAAGUCAUGUCAGAAAUUAAGGAUAAAUGCUGCACUUUGUUGUGCCACAAUCCAUCACUCUUCUCAUCUGGGCUUAUCUAGUGUUCAGUCUCCACAUGCCUUUUGCACCAUUUUGGCCUUCAGCAUUCAUUCAUUGUUUCAUUUUCGUUCAGCCAAUGAUUACCUUAAUCCCAUAAUAUAAUGCUUGUUCAUUAAAAUAGGUCACGAUACACGUGCAUACUCGUGAAAUGGUCCCCCAGAUUUUAAUUUUUCUUUUGCUCUUGCAAUUCUUAUUUCAUCGAAUGCAGUAAACCUAUGAAAACAUUUGCAUGCACAAAUGACCACACAGCAACUUUAACUGAGUGGACUCCUGCAGCUGGUUCUGCAAAAGGUAUGCCAAAUCUACAAGUGGAGAGAGCAAGAGAAAAUGAUUAUUAAAUAGAUCGAGUGCGUGUUUUCAGUCAUGUAUAUUAAAUAGUAAAUCUUUAGUUUAGGGAAUAUUAAUCAUAUCCUACAACUAUAUUUUGUCCUGUGAGCAUAUUAUUUAAAGACUGUGACGUUUGUGUUUGCAUAGUUGUAUUGGAUGUUCUGGCUGCCUGCAAGUGGAUGUAUGUUGGAGAGCAAUGCUCAUCCUGUUAGCAAUAAGCUGUAAUAUCAGACAGCAGAACUUAGACCUGACUUCCUCACUAUACAGAUGCAAUAGCGUGGGUGCUACCAUACCCUUAUUGGACUAUAGAGAAGGACUGAUUGCGUAUGCAAACUUCACAUUCACACACCUUUGCCUAGGCAAACAUCGUUUUCAGAACCUGCGUGUGUCUGCGUGCGUGUCUGUGUAUAUGGAAGUGAGGGAGAGCUAUGCAAAUGGCCUGUAUGUAUCCUGCUGUCAACCCAAGGUCUUCAGGGUGACCUCGAGGAGACGUCACCCCUGAAACAGACCGACUUUAGACAUCGCUUCAUGUGUGGUGUGCAAGUCCAGGCCAGGGAGAGAUAAACAGUUGCUGUGUUAUUUUUAGAUUCCACAUUUUUAAUGUUUACUCACCUUCUUUUUUGUUUUGUUUUUUUUUUACCGGAGAGAAUUGGAGGUAGCGAAUACUUGAUUGCUGUCACUGUCACUGGUGUUUACAGAAACUUUUGCUUUGUUAUUUUUCAGAUUGUCUAGUGUUUGUAAUACUGUUAGCCAGCCCUCCUCCACUGUGGGUGCUGUGAAAACUGUAUCUCUACAACAACCAAUCUAUGGCUGCCUUUAUUUUUUUAACUGACACGUCUUUACCUUGACACCUAGAUAGGAACAAUAAACAGAUCUAAAUGCUUAUCUAAGACAUUAUAGACUUAUAUAAGACAUCAGGUGAAAAUCCAAUGAUUAGCUUUGUUAGCUUGUGGCCAGGCUCAACUCAUACUUGGGAUGUUGGUCUAAGUAGAGGUCUUGUUCAGUGGCAUGCAGCCUAACGCUGUGCACUGACACGGACUACCGUUGAUAAAAAUCUUCUCUUCUUCUCUGGUUUGCGUGUUUAACAGUGUUGAUUUUGAGUAAAAUAUCCCAAUACUGUAAACAUAAUUCCAUUUUAAAAAAUACAGACACAUUCUCUUCACUGUCUGUCCUCUAGUCAUGCAGCUACUUCAUUUCACACAAAUCGCCUUGUAUGCAUUAUCUUGUGAUGUACCUUUUGGGGAAUAUGUGGGUGGUUGAUAAAAUGUUGUGUACGUUCCCACAAUGAAAUAAGAAGAGGCAGGACCUCAUUUUAUUUAUUUGUUCUUUAUUGGAUUAUUUUCUGUAAUUGUUCAGUUUUUAUUUUUCUUGAGGUUGAUGUGAUGAUUUAGUAGGUGACAUAUGACAGACUGUCUUAGAUGCACUGAAACUUAUAGUUAAUGUGUAUUUGUGCGGGAUUCGUGUCAGGUUCAGGUCUCUGUAAACAGGGAACUGUUCCAUUUCAUUGAGACGCAGAUUUCCUCGACAUAAACAAUGUGAACAGCUGGUUUUGAUGAAAUGAAACAGAACCUGUAGCCUGGUGUGUAUUAAUCUGAAGAACAGACAUGUUGGAGGAGGCCAUUUUGUGUGACAACCACUGGAAGAGCAAGGCAUCUAAUCAGAACAAGCUAGUGGCCACUGUCUUUCACUGAUCACCUCUUUUAUACUAAUUGAUAAUCAAUGGUGCUGACCUUUCAGAGCUCCCUCGGAGGGAUUCUCUCUCUUCAUGUUUACUGGAACCAACCCUAACUUAAUAAAGGCUAGGAUCGGCAGGCAAACAUCCCUCUACCUUUGAUGCCACUUUUAUUUAAUUCCAACCUGCAUGCGAGUGGCAAAGACAUUCGUUGUUUUUGCACCUGUACAGUUGUAAACCUGUUGCCUUUUCAUCCUGCCAGGUGAAGCUAAUUUGUCUGUUAGUUCUUUCUGAUUCAUUGCCACAAACAGAAGCACGUGUUUACCUCCUCGUCAGUCAAUCAAGAGGUGCCCAGUGAAGGUAGUGGACAGUAGCAUCAUUUGUGCUGUUUUCUUUUCCACGUGUGUUUGAGUGAAAUGGCUAAACCUUUCAGAGGUCUAACUGUCCUCCAUCUAGAUUUUGAGAUUUUUGUUUUUCAUUUUGUUUUGCAGCACUGAUAAAAAAAAAAGAUGAUUUAUAGUGACCUGGUUGUGAACAACUCGCAGGUUCUUUUCUAGUUCUUAUAUGUUACACUGUUACACUGUAUAAAACACUUUUAUUUUUUCAUUGCUUUAAAUUAACAGCUAAAUGGACACAUAGCAAAAGCCAGUAGGUUUUAGUUUGAGUGUCAGGUGAAGAUUCAGACCUUGAGCGUCCUGUCAAUGUAAAGGAUGACAAGAUGUUCUUGGAGUCUGUGGUAGACUCUAUACUCCACAAUGCAGAGUGAGCAGCUUCAUUAGCUAAUGUUGUAAUCAACAACACAGGCUUUCUGUGACUAUUAGUCAGUUUCAUCCACUAGAUGACUAAGUGACAGGCACAAAUCAAACAAUGCUCUCCUGCUUUUUAUAAAAAACAGGAAAUUCAUUGUUUUCGGUUGGUGGUAAGAGCAUGCCGGCUUGUUCCUCUUAUAUACAUGGACUCUGUCCGGACCAAGUUCAAGCCUGCUGCUCACCUGUGAGGCUUCAUUGUACCAUAAUCUCACCUGCCCUGAUCCAUUCUGUGCCAGUUUAAAUGAAGGGACCAUUCUUUGGGCACCUGACAAGACUGGCAGCCUUAAAGCUUCUUAAUUUAUUGCAGUGUUUUGUUUUGUUUUUUCACUUGAGUUUUUUUUUUUAUAUAUAAGCAAAUAUAUUAAAUUGAAAAAAAUGUAUAUCAAGAAAAUGAUCAUUGUAAAUAUUGUUGUGUGUAGUGUUUUAGAAAUUCUAUAAGGUCUUAAAUCACUACAGAUGCUAGCAUAAAGAACAAGGCUUUGGAGGAAUUUGGCUGGGGGUUGAUCUGGUGCCAUUUAAGUGCUAGUGAAGCUUACACACAGUGACAUCAGUGGUUUUACAUCACUGCUUCCCAGCACAGCAUUUUUUAAAAAAGAAAUGUAAUUUAAAUAAUUUAAAAUAUCCUUAUCCCAUGAAUUUUAAAAUUAUCUUACAAUCUAUGAGGUGUUCUGCAUUUCUUAGAGGCCUCCCUGUACUUAAUAUGCUGUAACAGUUGAAGAGACAUAUCUUGGCAGACGUAGGCAUCAGUCUUCAGAUGAAGUUCAGUGUCCUUGUUUCUACAUAUGAUGUCUCUUUGAUAGUGACAGCAGUCGGGGUAAGAAAGGUGUAGGUCGUAGGAAAGCACUGCAGGAUGGCAGUGUGUCAGCCAAAAACACCAUAUGCUUACAAUAUAAUGAAACACAGGCACCCAAACCAGCGAAUAACAAUCCAGUUCCAAAACUACACCAAUUCUUUUAUUUUUUUUCUUUGUUUUUUUGUAUGAAAGUUAACUAUUUAAAGAAAAAAAGCAAAAGGAUAUAGAUUGCUAAAUUUAAAAUAUAUCUUCUCUGAUUGUAAGGGGAGGAAUUCUCCUUGAAUUGAAGCCAUUUGAAGCCACUUGUCAAAACUUGAUGUCAGCCUUAUGUGGAUCUGUUUGUGUAACGGCAUAUUAUCUUUUGAUUAUUAAAAUUUGUAUGAUGGAGAUUUUUCUUUUAUACCAUCAUUGUUAUUGUCAGAGUACACCAAUAAAACGAAACUUGUAAAGAUA